AUGUGGAAAGUUGGACUUGAUGACCCAGAGUUUCCUCAACACUUUAGACAAUAUCAUCAAACAUGGCUUGACAACAGUCCCGAGUAUACACAUUAUGUAAUGUCUAAUGAUGAACGAGAUGCUUUGGUACUUAAAUUGUAUGCUGAUAUUCCUGAAAUAACCCAUGCGUAUCAAAUCAUGCCCCAAGUCAUGCACAGGUGCGAUUUUUCAAGUUACUUGCUCUUAUAUGCAUUUGGCGGUGUUUAUGCUGAUAUUGAUACCAAGCUAUUGAAACCCAUUAGCAGCUGGAUCUCCAGUCAACCACUGUAUUUGGAUAAACCAAUUGAUCUAGGAUUAAUUGUUGGACUCGAGUCUGAUUACCAUAAGAGUAAUUGGGCGAAUUUUUUUGCACGUAGGGUGCAAAUUGAUGCUUGGACAUUUUUGGCUAAAAAGGGGCAUCCAAUGCUUGCAGAACUUAUUAACAGUAUCGUUGAACAUACUUCCUGGAGAGAAGAGACAGGACAAUUGACCGCAUUACUUGGUAAAGAUGAAGGUACUGAUGUUUUGAACUGGGGAGGACCAGGCAGAUUGACCGAUCUUGUGUUCAAGUAUUUGAACAAUGUCCUCCAGACAGAUUUUGAUAACUAUGAAAAAUUGAUUGAUGAUGAAUUUCUUAUAGGAAUAAAACUUCCUAUAGUCAUAUCUGAUGCUAUGGUUUUGCCGUUGACGUGUAUGCAACCAGGAAGGAAAUUCCUCAAGUCGGGGAAUCUUGAUGAUCCUUUAGCAUAUAUUCAUCACCAAUUUGCAGGACUGUGGAGAAAAAAGAAUAAAAGUAAUGCGGUAUA